AAGCGACCUUGUGUAAAUUUAUGUCGUUUUAUCUCUUUCUUUCUUUUUUUUUCACCUUGUCUUUAUCUCUUUUUGUGUCCGAAAACAGAUCUCCGAUUCCUAACUCUCCGAAUUGUUCUUUGCCGCAUCGGAUCUCAGAGAUUAUUUUGGAUCAUAGCCAAUGAGCAGUGAAGGUUCCGCCGGAAAGGCGGCUGCUGAAGCCAAAGGAUUGAACCCGGGAUUGAUAGUGCUGCUUGUUGUUGGAGGUCUGCUUGUGACAUUCCUUAUAGCCAAUUACGUGAUGUACAUGUAUGCUCAGAAGACUCUACCCCCAAAGAAGAAGAAGCCCAUCUCCAAAAAGAAGCUCAAGCGUGAGAAGCUCAAGCAGGGAGUCCCCGUGCCUGGUGAAUAGAUUCCAACUUCUUCUUCUUCUUCUUCUCUCACUUCUUCAUCGGUCUGUACUAAAAUUUACCUUUGCGGUUUUCUUUUUCUUCUUGUCAUGACAAUGUCAGUGAGACUUUUUGUAUGGUUUAACAAGCAGAGUAGAAACCAUCUUUCUUUUGCUUUGGUUAUUAGACUUCAGUAUUU